AUGUCAAGUCUCAAGAAUCUCUCGUCAAGAGUGCUUAAUAUGAAGUUCAUGAGGAAGGCGGUGGCUGAAGACUCAAAAAACAACCAAACCAAAGGCUCAUCAACGGAAGUAAAACCAGAACAAACCCCUAGUAAUUCAAAAACAGCCCCUGGUGGUAAAGGAGAUCAUUCACAUUGGUCAAUUUCUUCAAAUGCCGAAAGAUUCAAGUCGAAGAAGCAGCAGCUAGCCAACAAUGACGAUUCGAUAAAAUCACAGUCGUACAGAUCGGUAGGAUACUCCCAAAUGAAGGAGUUUUUUGAAGAUUCAGAAGAAAGUGACGAUGAACAAACUACUGUCACUGGAAGAAGAGUAUUUGGGGCAUCAAAAGACAGUGCUAAUACAGAAAAUGAUGAUGAUGCGGAGGGAUUGAUUACAGAAACGAGACUCGAAAAAGAUACCAAUAAGAGAAACAAGCGUGAGAUUAUUGAUGAUGUGGAUGGAUUUCUUGAUAACAUAAUGGCAAGUAACGAUGGUGAUGAUGAUGCCGCUACUGACAAGAGUGAACCUAAUACUCAAAGAGAAGGAUCGCUUAUACCUUCGGUGGAAAGUUUUUUGAAUGGAACAGACAAAGGUUCAAAUAAUUUGAAGAGAGAGUUCGAUAGCGUCUCAAAUAGUGGUGAUAGCCAAAAAAAGAAGAAAAAAUCAAAGAAAUCAAAUAAACUGAAAAAGAAUUGA